GGGGGGUGGCCGAGGGAGGGAGCAAUUGAAUUUCAAACACAAACAACCGCAUGGGGCUCGGGCCCUCCGCCGCUGCGCCGCGCCGCCGCUGACCCCGGCCCGGGCUCGGCGCCCGGGGGGCAGAGCAGCCGCCGCCUCCGCGCCUCCCCCUUCGCCUUCGGGAGGGUUUAUUUUUUUUCUGUUGUUGUUCUUGAUUUUUUUGGUGGGUUUUUUUUUUUUAAUUAUUUAUUUGGCUAAUCCCUGCCUCGCCGGGUUUUGCCUCCCAAAGUUCAUCCCUAACCCCCCCCCUCUUCCCCUCCCCCACCCCCCCUCCCCCCGCCCGCUCCCCCGGUCCCGGGAGGAGCCGCCAGCCAAGAUGUCCCGGUCCAACCGGCAGAAGGAAUACAAAUGCGGGGACCUGGUUUUCGCCAAGAUGAAGGGUUACCCGCACUGGCCUGCCCGGAUUGAUGAGAUGCCAGAAGCUGCAGUCAAAUCCUCCUCCAAUAAGUACCAAGUCUUCUUCUUCGGGACCCACGAGACGGCAUUCCUGGGGCCCAAAGACCUCUUCCCCUACGAGGAGUGCAAGGAGAAGUUUGGAAAACCCAACAAGCGGAAAGGGUUCAGCGAAGGUUUGUGGGAGAUCGAGAACAACCCCACGGUCAAAGCCUCCGGUUACCAGCCCACCCAGAAGAAGAGCUGCCCCGAGGCGGCCGAGCGGGAGCCGGAGGGUGAUGGGGAGAAGAAGGGCAACGCUGAGGGCAGCAGCGACGAGGAGGGGAAGCUGGUGAUCGACGAGCAGUCCAAGGAGAAGAACGAGAAAGGAGCCAUCAAGAGGAAAGCUGAGGACGCUUUGGAGGACUCCCCCAAACGCCCCAAAGAUGCAGAGGGGCAGGAAGGGGACAAGAAGGUGGCCAACGAGGAGGCCCCCAAGGAGGAGCCCAAAGCCAACCCGGGAGAAGGGGACAAGAACAGCGACGCUGCCGACACACCGGCCACCAACGAGGCCAAGCAGGAAGGCAAGGAGGAGGUCAGAGACCACAAGGAGAGCCUGUAGUGGCUUCCCUGGCGAGCUGAUCCUUCCCCCUGGCUCCUGGUGCUGCCCCGCGCCGGCUCGUCACGUCCGGAGCUCCGGACAAGAGAAACCACCCCGACAAGGAAAUUUCCAAAAGAAAACAAAAAAAACUACAAAAAAAAAGAAGAAGAGAGGAAUGCAGAGCAGCUCGGUCCUGCCACCGAGCGCUCCGUGCCUGCCCUGCCGUGGGCACACGCUUUGUGUUGGCGAUUCCUCGGGGCUGAGCUGUUGAUUUGAAAUAAAAGCGAAUCUUGCCUUUUUAAAA